GCGUCCCCAGCCAAUCAAGGCUUUUUACGACACAGUUCAGUUGGGAUAUAAAACCCCGAGUCUUUCUGGCUCCCCCCCCCCCCGGCCAGCAUCACUAGUUACCGGCUCCCACCCAGCCGGCCCCGGAGAACCUCUGCCCCCAUCGACCCCCCCUCCCCAGGGCAGCCAGCCGCGGCCCGAGUCCCAGGUCCGGAGGCGGGGGGAGGCAGGAGGGGAGCCCUCCGUCCAGCCAUGUCGGUGCGCAGGUCCCCGCUCUUCCUGUGCGCCCUGGCGCUGGCCGUGGCGCUGGCCCCGGGGGAGGUGGUGGAGAAAGGGGCCGGCGGCGGGCAGCGCCCCCCGGGGCCCGAGGCGGAGGAGCCGGGCUGUCCCGUCUGCCUGUGGCGGAAGCACAGCAAGGAGAUGCGGCUGGAGAGCAUCAAGUCGCAGAUCCUGAGCAAGCUGCGGCUCAAGGAGGCGCCCAACAUCAGCCGGGAGGUGGUGAACCAGCUGCUGCCCAAGGCGCCGCCGCUUCAGCAGCUCCUGGACUUGCACGACUUCCAGGGGGACGCCUUCCCGCAGGACGAGUACCUGGAGGAGGACGAGUACCACGCCACCACCGAGACUGUCAUCAGCAUGGCCCAGCAGACGGACCCGGUGGUGCAGAUAGAGGGGAACCCCCACUGCUGCUACUUCAGCUUCAGCCCCAAGAUCAUGUUCACCAAGGUGGUGAAGGCCCAGCUGUGGGUGCACCUGCGGCCCGUGCAGCACACCUCCACCGCCUACUUGCAGAUCCUGCGCCUCAAGCCCGUCACCGAGCAGGGCAGCCGCCACAUCCGCAUCCGCUCCCUCAAGAUCGACCUCCACUCCCGCCUCGGCCACUGGCAGAGCAUCGACUUCAAGCACGUGCUGCAGAACUGGUUCAAGCAGCCGCAGAACAACUGGGGCAUCGAGAUCAACGCCUUCGACCCCAACGGCAACGACCUGGCCGUCACCUCCCUCGGCCCCGGAGCAGAAGGGCUGCACCCCUUCAUGGAGCUCCGCGUCCUGGAGAACAACAAGCGCUCGCGGCGCAACCUGGGGCUGGACUGCGACGAGCACUCCGCCGAGUCCCGGUGCUGCCGGUACCCGCUGACUGUCGACUUCGAGGCCUUCGGCUGGGACUGGAUUAUUGCCCCCAAGCGGUACAAAGCCAACUACUGCUCGGGCCAGUGCGAGUACAUGUUCAUGCAGAAGUACCCGCACACCCACCUGGUGCAACAGGCCAACCCCCGGGGCUCGGCCGGGCCCUGCUGCACCCCUACCAAGAUGUCCCCCAUCAACAUGCUUUACUUCAAUGACAAACAGCAGAUUAUCUACGGCAAGAUCCCGGGCAUGGUGGUCGACAGAUGCGGCUGCUCUUAAAACCCAGCUGGUACUCCCCCAGCCCCGCUCCCGUGCUCCCGGCCAACCAGCAAGAGUGAUCGUUGCUUCCCCCCUUUUUUUUUAUAGAUAUAAAAAGAACAAACAUUAAAAUUCUUUUGUGAAUGUCGGGGGAGGGGGGGAGAGACAGAACACCCCCAAGAAAAACGAACAGAACCCAAACUCUCCCGCGCUUCGCCAUGCACUGUGCAAUAAGCAAACGUCCCUACCUGGGGAGGGCCAGCUGGGUACCGCUUUUCUCCCAAGGCAAGUCUGCAAAGGCAUUAUCCCCCGCCCCCUCAACCCCACCCUGUCAUCGGCAUCAGCAACCAGCUGUGGCUCAGUCAGAGAGGUGUCUCUUACCGGGGUUUGGUUCUUGGAGGACUAGCCGAUCCCUGGGCGGCCUGGGAGCGAAAUGGUUAACGCCGAGACGGCAGGACAGCGACUCUUCAUCCGUUUACAAGCCGUGGAAGCUUUCUAUGUGUUUAAGUUAAAAACAGAAAAUCAAAACAAUUGCCUGGAGCUGGAGCUCACAGAAACACACAGGAUAUUUUGUACGGCGCGAGAGACGAACUGAAGAACAAAGCGGCCUGGUAAAAAGGAAAGAUACCCUGGAUCACUGGCCUUUUCUUUCCAGCAGUUUUGUUUUGGGGGGGGGGGGGGGAACGGGAGGGGGAAUUUCAGCUGCCUGCCCUUUGAGAGAGAGAAUUCCCCUGGCAGGUCUCCAAAGAAAGGAUCGCUUGGCUCCCCGGACCCAGCCAGCGUGUGCUGCGGAGAGCUAGGAGGGGCCGGGCCGGGGGCUGCAUUGCUGAUGUUGGAAAGUCUGAUCCUGCUGGCCCAGCACGGGUUAAACUCCUUGAUCUGACCCCACCGCCCUGGCCCAGAGCAGGUGCCAUGAGCCCAGAUUAUGGUCAGGCUCUCUGAUCUCAUUGUUCCUUGUCAAUCUGCUCCAGAGCAAACUCACCCCAAUCCCAUCACCCCUCAACACCCCAACCCCCGACACCCCCUGUGCAUCCCAACCCCCCAUUACUCCUGCAUACCCCAAGCCCCCCAUCCCAUCAUCCAUAAUGCACCCCAACCCCCGCAUCCCAGCACCCCUUGUGCACCCUGAAUGCGCCCAUCCUGGCAUCCCAGCACACCUUGAACUCCCCACCACCCCACCUCAGCCAAAUCUUUCCAUCCUGGCACCCCAGCACACCCAUCCCACCCUGCGCACCCCAACUCCCUGAUCCCAUUGUACUGCUAGAGAUGAGCUGGUAGGCACGACAGGCUCCAGCUCCUGUCUGGGCCCAGCUUUGAUCCUAAUAUGGAGGGCACGGGGGGGGGGGGGCAGCGUCCCUGGGAGUUUUUGCCUGCGAGAGGACUGCAGGAGCAGGUGACACAUUCCAGCAAGUCCCCUGCAGCCCCACUCCCACAGGGUGCUUGCGCUAGAAUGCUGGCCGCACAGAGGCCCAGCCUGGGAGGAGACGGCUUCCCACGGUAACUUAUUUAUUUAUUAAUUAUUCUCCUUGUGAGAACUCACAAUUUGCCUGGCUACUGCACUAGAAAAACGUGUGGCCUCCCACCUCACCUAGACAGAGCCGUGUGAAUGGCUGUGGUUUUUAAUGCACUUACAUAAACCCUUUUCUUGCUGUCUUCGGAAUCACCAAAUAACCCCCUGCCCCAUGCUAGGUCUGAGAUUCCGGCCUACACCCCUCAGCCCACCUGUAAUGGGGCUUCCCAGACUGCCUGGAUUAGCAACAGACUGAGACCCCACUAACAUAGGCAGAGGAAAGCCAGACGAUCUGUCCCAAGCAGGUGCGUGAGGGAUGGGAAUCCUGGCUCCUGGAGGCUCCAUUUGCAUUCCCAGCCGGGUGGAGGCCAGACCAGGAGCAGUCUCUCUGACUGUGGAAGAGUCUCUCAAGGGGCAGUUGUGGAAACACCGUUCCCUAGGCUGUGUAGACAAAGCAUUAGGAACGGACUGGAGGGAACAAUCCGGCCCUGGCCGUAUGGGCUGUGGACUAGGUGGGAUCCAAUUGAGCUGGUUGGAUGGACUAGGCAGGAUCUCUCAGGGCUUUUCCAUCACUGAGCUCUGUGAAGAGAGUCACAGGGAUGAACAUGGCUCCAUGUGCUUCCAUGAUGAAGCCCAAGGGGCUGUGGCGCAUAAGCUCUUAUCCCUGCCGUCCCAGCGCUCUGGCAAGAGAGGUCACCGGGCUGCUGCAGCUGGACUGCAAUUCCUGCCAUUUGCCGGGUUCAGCCCAGGCCCCAGUCUUUGUGGUGGUCUCGGUCCCAAGAAGCCACAGGAGCCAGGCAGGCAGCAGUGCUCAGCGUAGGCGGCUCAGUGCUCCGGACCGAGGGUGUGCUAGGAGGAAAUGAGCCCGGUUGUCCCAUCGCUGUGUGGAUCCCCACCUGGCUCCUGGCACAGGGGCGGUUAUGGAGAGAUUCUCUGUGCUAGCUGGCUCAGGCAAUCAGGCUACCAAUGAUUUGCCUCUUGGCUGCUGCUUUGCAUUCAGCCCACGGACCUGACAUGGUUCCCCCCUGACUGGAGGCCCCUGUGUGAAGUGAGGGAGUCCUAGUGGAAAAACCAUCAUUGCAAUCAGGAUUCACCAGCCUAUGUGUUGGCAACCUCACCAGAGAGAUCAUGGAGACGGACCAUCGCUGCUCCCCGGUCUGUGGGUUCAGCCAGCCUGGCGCUUCCAUGGGCAUUACCUUCUUGGUCGAAAAGUGGAUCCCUGUUCAGGAAAACAGGAAGCUUCCUCCCGCUGACCUGAGCAGAGGCCUGGGGUUUGUUACUUGUAUGCAGCAGGAUGGACGCAUUUGGGUCAAGUUUAUCUCUAAAGGAGGAAAACUUGGCCAGAAACCCUGGCUGUGGAGAAUUUUGCUGAUGCAGCACAUUAGCUUCCCACUCUGCCCUCGCUGUUUGGAUUAUUACUAAGAACAUUUGCACAAAAACAGGAUCCUUGUUUCUCAAGAGUUCAUUGGCUCCUGCUGCUUGGGGCUGCCCCCCACCCCCGCCCGUGCCAUCGGGAAGAUGCAAACAGAAUCCGUGGGUCGCCAUCUCCGAGCUGUCAUGGGGCAGUGUCCCCGGCGCCAAGCCGGCGGACCGCGGGGGAGUUGGAUGAUGACGUCAAACCAAGUCCCUGAUGCCUCGUGGUCAUUAAAACCCCUGUAGCAUAACCCUUCCCACGCUGGGUCAGCAGAGACCUGGCUCCUCAGCCUGCUGCCGGCUACGAAACUGUGUGAAGCUAAAAAUACCUCAGCCCUUUCGCCCCGUUCCUUUGCCAUGGAAGCAUCAGCUGUAAUGGACGCAGGGCGAGGCCGGGCCUGCGACUGGGGAGGGAGCUGUCGGUGAGACGCUCCCUGUGCGAGUGGGGCCCACUGGAAGGAAAAGGCUGGAGCGUCCCCGCCCCUAGCACUUAUCUUAAGAGUCGGGCUGUUAAAUCUGGCGUCCUGGCCAAAUUCCAACGGGGGCCUCUCUAAGCUCCCCUCAGGGGUCAGCUGGAGCCAAUGCCUCCUUGCUUUCCUCUCCCGAGAUACCGUGUGCAGUUACUAGGGCAGAAAGGCUGCCAGGUAUACCCGCCUUUGCCCCGUGGCUGGGGCCUCCCUGGUUCUAUGUAUACACCCUACAAAGCACUUAGGGGUGGGGCGGGAUCAAAGAGGCUCUGGGAAUAGAUCCCUCUGAUCCUGCUAUCUGCCACUGCUCGAGAGAUCCGUUCUGCUCCGGCUGCGCUGACUCUGGGGGAGCAGGAGGGGCCCACAAUAUUUAGCACUUGUCUCAAGCUUUCUGCCCGUGGAUCUCAAAGCGCUUUACAAAGGGGAUGGCCCCCGCUCGACAGAGGGAGAACUGAGGCGCAGAGAGAGGACGUCCCCGUCCCAGCGUCGCACAAAGAGCCAAUGGCAGAGCCAGGCACAGACCACAGAUCUCACAGCUCCCAGGCCAGGGCCGGAGCCCCUGGCCUGCUGCCUCGCUCCUUAGCACUUACAGACUGUAGCGCUUUACGUUUCCAAAGCACUGUUCAUAGACCAACCAACUUACUCAGCCCCUGAUCCGGUUCUAGCCAGGCUGCUAACCUAGGCUAAAGAUGGGCAAUGAAAGGGAACAGGCUGAGCUCCUGCUAGAGAAAGGAAGGGAACACUGACCCUUUGCCACUUUGAGGUACCUCCUGCCUUCCAUCCGCCUGACUCUCGUCCUCCUUGCCCAUUAGCCCCCCACUGCCGGAGCAGGCUGGGCUUUUCUAGCGCACGCCAGCCAGCUCAGGUCUGCAGUCUGCGCUCUUGGCAGGACAAGAAAGUGUUUUCCCUUCACUGCCAAGGGAGGCCUGGGCAGGGCAGGGUCGGAAAGGAGAUCAGCAUAUUGUCUGGUUUCAAGGAGGGGUCACUAAAGCAACAGGAUGCCAUGAACUCUGAGGACCCAGAGAUCCUGUUUUCAUGCUGAAGCCCCGAGCGACAGAGAGCCCUGGAUCUGAGGCUCGUUAGAAGAAGAACCUCUCCCUCCAAUGUGGCAGUGAUCCGAAGUGGCACCAUCUGCCUUGGCAUCCCUGCCCCCUUUCUUUACUGUGACAACCACACAGGCCCAGCCCAGAUGCGAAGGAGUGAGAAGGAUUCACAGCCUGUCUUGCACAUCACUGCAGCCACAACCGCCAGCUUCCGACCGUGGAGCAGAGAGCCAGGAAGGACCGAGUGGGGCGACAAGAUCAUAGGGUCAGCGAGCGGUCGGGGAGCCCCGCAGCGGCACUUGGGUGGCUGCAUUGCUGGUUCUCAUGAAGAGGCAGCACUGGAAUCUACACCUGCAAAGAACUUUCUGAGCCCCGGAGACAGCAGCCAACCGAACCAGGAGCCGACUGGCCAGUUCUCAUGCUCCCUGCAGCCCACCGCUCCUUUAUUCUGCCUGGGAAUCAUUUCCCCAUCUGGCAUCUGAAGCAGGGACAAGGGAACAGCCCCUGCUCCACUGUCAAAUCUGCUGCUGGGGACCUUCUAUUCUCUUCACAGCCUUAGCAUGAUGCUUCCCAGUCCAGGCUGGAGGGCAGCCCCAGUUUGGAGGUCUAAGAACACACCUCUUCCUCUUCCUAACACAGAGCUACACUGUGCCCCUCUGGCUGGUGCCACUCCGGAACAGCAGGGCUUGAGCAAAAAGGAACUGGAGCAGCUUUGUACCUAACCCUCCCAGUGCUGCCUCAGUUGGAAGGACUCAAGAGAUAUUACUCCACCAGUGAGCACAUAGUAAGGUAUUCAGAAUAGAAAGGUCUGGACUGCAUGGGUCUAGCAGUUAGACCAGGUGACUGGGAGUCAAGGCACCUGGAAUUCCUUCCUCCUGUUGUCCUUUUGGGGAGCUGCUUCCCCAGCUAUGCCUCAGUUUCCCCCUGUGAAUGGGGCUCAACCCUGUCUCGCAGCCUGCGGGGAAAUGGAGGUGUAGAAAGGGAAAGCGGCUGGCCCACUGUCACACAGGGAGUCAGUGACAGAGCCAGGAAUCGCCGGCUCUGUGCUUCUCCCACAAGACCCUGUUCUAGGAACACCCAAGGGCCAUGAAGGCGGCAUUUCAGGAGUGGUCAUGGUCAAGGAAACUGCUCUAACAGUAACCUGGCAGGUCCCCAGUUUUAUUCCCUCGCAACAAUCUGGGCUCCUGUUUGCUUGUCUCAUACGGGGAAGGUUCCUUUUCUAGCCGCCACCACCCAGGCUCUGAACAUAGCAGGGCUCCGGCUGCUUCCAGCGGCGAUCUGGACUUGGUGGGUUAUCCCACUGCUGCGGCUCCCCUCACUCUCCUGGAGCUGGGCUGGCUCGCCCAGGGACAACAUUCAGCAUUCUAGGAGGCAAACUGCUCCUUGCCAACGUGCCUGGGGAGCACUGCUUCCCAAGCCCAGCUGAUCCAUUCAAUACCUUUGCCCAGAACCCCUCUCGAAAGCUGCGCAGAUCAGCCUGGGAUUGGACGAUCGUUACGUACUUGAAUCCCCUCCAGUUUUAAGAUGGGGACGUUCUUAGGUGACCUGAGCUAUGGAACUGGGCCACAUCCUUGCCAUCAUGUGCCCGUUUGCCACAGGGAAGCAGAAGGGGGUAGCGUGAAUGGCGAGGCUAUUUCUGACUAAGUACUGUUUCCUGUUGGUGGCCUCACUCAGACACGGAGGGGAAAAAUGUUAUCCCAGAGAUCAGAGAUGGAAAAGACCAGUUAGAUCCCUGGGGGAAGGAUUGUUCCCCUCAGGACAUUUCUAAUGCUUCACCAAGGCUGUUUUGAAAGGCUCUGAGCAAUGGUCUAUCCCAGCAUAGCUCAGUUGUGUCUUGCUCACAGCAGCCAAGGGAGCUCUCAAGCAAGCUUCUAACUACAGCUGUGAUCAGUCCUUCAUGCUAACUACAGGCUCGGGAGGUGGGCUGGGAGAGAGAGAAUAUGACCAGGAGCUUAUUUGUGGCUACAGUAGCUGACAAGCUGCCUAGAUCGUCCCCAUGAGAGAUGAAGCCUAAAGAGUCCUACACAUCAGAGAUGAAAAACAACCCUUAGGUCCCAUCUAUUCUGCCUCCUUCAUUCCUUACAGCAUAUUUCCUAGUGCUUUCACCAGGCUGGUUUAAGUUCUCCCAGUCAAUGGGAGACCCACCAGUGAGAUGGUGGUGUUUGAAUUAGGGAAGUUAGAAAUGAGAAUGGUGUAGUAGACCCUGCAGUCCAUCUCACUGCAAAUACACAACCCCUUCCUGGAUACACACAUCUGCCAGGCAGGCCCCUUCUCUCCCUCUUAAACAUGGAAGCUCUCACUGGCUGUUGGCUGGGGCAUGGAGAAAUUUGGGGAAAUUUUUCCAGCCAGAUGACACCGGAGAUGAAAAGACCUAACUCUGGCAAUGGGGGACGUCGCCCAUGGCUGUUCUGUGCAUUGUCCGGGGGAAUCUGACUGGCCGAGGGCAGGCAGGGGUUGUUUCAUGUGUGUUUGUACAGAUCAGCCCUACAAGUAUUUUAUUAUUAUUUACUUUGUGUGUGUUACUGGGCGUAAUGUCUUAGCUUGGGUUUGUUUUUUUCAUUGGGUAUCUGAAGAUGAAGAGUUUACGAGGAUGGCGGCUCAGGAAAGAAGCCAUUGGUUGGGGUGGGCUUUUUUAUUUUAUUUUAAUCACAUGACCAAAAGGCCAUUCAUUGGUUGGGUUGUUUUUUCAUUGUUGUUGUUGUUGUUGUUGUUGUUUUAAUCACAUGACCAAACACAGCACUUGAACAUCAAAAAUAAAUAAAUAAAUAAAAAUAUUUUAAAAAGUAAUAAUAAUAAUAAAAAAAAAAUCAAAGAGUUCAGAGCUUUCCGCUCCAGGCCUGCACCUGCGACUCACUCGCCCUGGGCCUGAGCCAGCGAUUCCGAUGGGGCUCCACCAUGACAGAUGGUGCGGCUAGAGGCACACGUGCCCCCAUCAAGAGGGACUCUUCUGGCAGGGAUCGGCAUUGGGUUUUCAGGCACUGGCCGCUGCACCCUGCAGUAACUUUCAUUCCCAAUAAGGGGCUAGAUUUGUUUCAUCAGCUGAUUUCCAGGUCCAGAGGCCACCACAGCAGGUGCCCAUCAACAGGCUUCCUGCAAGAAUCCAUGGAACGUUUAUUGACUUGGUUGAUGUAUCCACCCACCCCCCCGGAUAGUCUCAUCCAGCUGCACUGCUCCCUCUCACCGAAGCAAAAACUCAAUCCAUCCAGGAGGUGACAAGCAGCACGAGCUGUGGGGAUGCUCUGGAGGCUCAGAGGUGGUGGCACCAGGAGACUUGAUUCUUCCCAAAUUGCAGGAGCGAGGCAAAGCGUCUGACUCAAGAACGCUGAAUGUUCACUGUAAAAAUUUCUGUAUUGAAAGACUUGGGCUAUGGUACCAUUUGCACUAUGGAAGGUUAAAGAAAAUUUAAGAGACUAGUAUGGGGUUUCCCUUUGUGACACACCAAGGGCUCGACAGGAGAUGCUUUUAUGUCUGUGCUUUCUCUUCUUGUAAUUGCUGUGCGUGAGGAUUAGUGCGUUUGCGUCUUGAUGUUUUUUCCUUGCUGCCAGAGGAGAUGGUUCCCUCUGCCCUGCUCUGUGUCUGUGCAAUCCCAGUGGUCAGAGGCUAGGCACACGUGCCAGGAUACUCAAAUGAAUCCAGAUGGCGGCGUGUAACCACUGCACCGCUAGCAUCACUGAGCUCGACUUGCAACGUGUGAAAUUCCCCCACUCUCGCAUCUUCUACAGAUCCUCUCUGACAAACUGCGACAAUUCUGGGUUACCCAGCAUACAGUCCAGCCCUGCAUUCCCUGCAAUCCCCAGGUAUCGCUUGGGGCCAAUUAGAGGACUCUGCCCAUGUGAUAAGUGGCUCAGGAGCACAAGAAGAAACUGGGCCGUGCACUGGUGUCUCGCUGGAGAAUAACCUGUGUUCCAGCCCAUCAGAGAGGGUCCCAGCUGCCCACUGCUUAUGAAGAACUCCACAGCCCUUCCAGAAAGGGCAGGGAAGUAGUUGCCGUGUGUUAAGGAGCAACCUUGAUUUCUGAAAUACUUUUACGAUGUCAGCAUGGGAAGGGAGUUGGGUCUAGUGGUUAGAGCUGGGAAUCAGGAUUCCUGACCUCGAGCAAAGGUUUGUGUUCCUCCUCGGUAGAACAAAGAUAAUACCUACCUCAUAAGGGUCUUGUGAGGCUUCCUUACUGCGUGCGGCAUUUUGAAAUCCACAGGCAGCAGGCAUGCUACAGCCGCAUACAGCGCUGAGAACAUGCAUGUGGGGUGACGGGUUUUUUUGUAAAACACAUUUAAAAGGAAAUGCCACCACUCCCCUCACUUCCCGGAUGCCCAAGAGAAAUUAGUCUUAAACCAGAGACCCCCCUGCUCCAAGCAGCCACCGCCUCAGUGGCUAUUCAGGUGGCUUUGAAGUUUAAAAAGCUUUAGUGUGUUUCACUUCUCCACCAGACAGACAGAAAAACUACCCCGCUGAGUGUCCCUUAGCUGAAGGGAACACUGGGACUACUCUCCAAGAUGAAUCCAAUGCUGGAAGUGGAUUUAACAGCCUCUAGGAAAUCCCAAUAUGGUUUUUUAUAUAUCAUGUGGUCCAUGUUAAAAUGUCCCUCUAGGAAACAAAUUCCUCGCCCCCGCAUCACAGCUCACAAAGUUCCUAGCAAACGUUCCUGUUUAAAAUUCUCACCAAUGGGGGAAAAUUUCACACGGACGCAAUCAACUAAAGAACAACAA